AUGGCUCAUUACUGCAUGGCAAAGCACUCGGUUCGAGUCUUUUCAGAUGUUUUAAGACGGGAGCUGAAUCACCGAAAAACAGAAAUACCCAGUGAAAACGUCUCUGUGGUAGUCAUUGAGCCCAUCUUCUACAAAACUCCAAUUGCCAAUGUGGAAACGAUUGCUCGACAAAGAGCAAAUGCGUUUGAGCGAACUGAAGAGCAUAUAAAGGCGGCCUACAGUGAAGAGUUCCGCCGAAACCUGGACACUUCCGCUGCUGACCGGAUUGGAAAGCUGAUGCGUGACAAUGUAGGCGAAGUGGUUGAUGCACUGGAGGCUGCUGUUACGCUGGUCAGUCCAAAACUUUACUAUCGUUGUUGCGGUUACGGUCAUGUGCUGACCACCUUCGCUGCAUCGCACCUGCCUGAAGCACUGCUGGACUGGUUCAUUGCGAGGAGAUCGUAA